GUCUUCCUCAACCUUCAAAACACUUACACAGUGGGUAUCCACCACAGCCACACAGCCAGCGAGGCCAGCGAGCGCGCACACAUUUGCGGCGACGAGCACUGCGACGACCAUCUUAUUACCCUCCCUUCCGACUUAUCCAUCCCCCAUCCUCUUCGCACGCUCGCUGCGCCUCCGACUUGGCACACAACGACAAAAGCUCACUCCAGAAAUGACCAAGAAGCGCAGGGGAAACGGCCGUAACAAGAAGGGACGCGGACACGUCCGCUUCCUCCGCUGCUCGAACUGCGCGCGUGCCGUUGCCAAGGUGAGCCACGAGUCGAAGGUUUGCAGGUCUGGCUCAGUGUGGUGGUGGAGCGAGGAUCGAGGCUGGCAAGAAGGCGGCGAGCGCCAUGACUCAGUCCGGCGUCUUUUGCAUCUUGGAUGCUCUCGUGUCCUGCCGCCCUGUCAUCACCGACCAGCCUGCAGACUAGCAGCACAUCUACAUGACAGCCCCCACUAACCUCCAGGACAAGGCCAUCAAGCGCAACUCGGUCAAGAACAUGGUCGAGGCCGCCGCCGUCCGUGACAUGUCCGACGCGUCCGUGUACGCCGAGUACGCCCUCCCCAAGCUCUACAUCCGCCUGGUGUACUGCGUCUCGUGCGCGAUCCACGCCAAGGUUGUGCGCGUGCGCUCGGACAAGCCCAAUGCCAUCAACUCGCGCAAGAACCGUGCCCCGCCUCCCCGCGCCAUCUUCAAGGACGGCAAGCGCGUUAACCCUGCCGUCGCGGCCGCCAUCGCCGCCAAGCAGGCCCAGCAGCAGACUGCCUAAGUCGGCCUGGGAUUUGGGACUCGUAGCGUGAUGAAGUAGUCCUACACUGAGCAAACUCGGGCGGGGGAACAAUGUGG